AUGUCCAUUCAGUUCUGCAGACAGAACCGAUGGAGACGCAAAGAGACGGAGGAGCGUCGGGUGGAUAAAAUCUUGGUGCCAAGAAGCAGCAGUCCGGUCACUGUGUACGUUGAGCUCCCAUGCGUCCUUGAUCAAGAAUUUUCAACAAUUGCAUGGGAUGAUUUAGAAGACUGCACCUUUGCGGUGACACAGGAGAGAAACUCGCUGGACUCUCAGAAUGGAUCUGACCCAGGACAUUUUGGAGAUUAUGUGCUGGAUUUCAUGGCAGAGUCUGCUGCCACACUCGAGAGCAGCCUGUCUUCAGCAGAGCUGGUGCAGUUUCAGGGAUGUGUCAUUCCUCCCCUCACCCCCCAGGGGGACUUUGCUCCAGAGGAUAGUCUGGUUCAUACAUCCACAGAGACCGACAGCCUUCAAGGCCACGAUGGAGAACUGUGGAGGAGCAUGGCAGAGUGUCAUGAAAGGGAAUUGGGGCAUGCUGGUGCCAUCAACAAACAGCUCCACGAGACUUUUCACAGACAACAGGAAGAGCUGGACUCCCUGCAGGAGAGGAACCUUCACCUCAGGCAGCUGGCCAGUCGAGCGAAGCACCUGGCCUCAGCACUCGAAAAACUGAUGACAGUCGGAGACCAACAUGUAGGAGAACCAGUGGUGCAGUCAGUUGAUAAUGGCUCGCUGGGUCCCUGUAAGCGGCAGCGACUGGACGAAGGAUAUGAAACAGAGUCCUCUGACUCAGUGGAAGACCUGCUGAAGGACAUCAGCACCCGCUGCAAUGCCGUCCUCCACAGCAACGCUGGAUUAGGACAGCAUGGGGAAACAGAGACGAUACGCAUGUACGGUGCAUUCUCAGGCCUUCAGAUGUCUACACUCAAUGACGGGAGAACGAGCGUCGAUGGACCUGAUGCCGGAGACAGUGUCUCAUCCUUUAGAACAACUAUUAGAGAACAUGGCACCAUAAGGACUCAGGUGUUUCCCCAUGGACAUGCAUUUACCUCACGAACUCAGCAAGGGGGAUACCGCUUUCGCUGGUUACCCAACCACAACUAAAAUCAGAGAUUAGAGCAGCAGCUCUGGUUAUAAAGGUGCUAUUAACUAUAAGAGAGUGGAAAGAUGUAUGGGUAGACAGCUCUUU